AAAUGAUAUAAUAUUAAAAAAUAGAAAAGUUUAAACUGAGACUUGAACUUUUGAACUGACACUAUCAUAUUUAAUGGGGGGCAAGUAGAUCGGUUGAGCAAGUGACCAGAAUAACUAUAAUCCAAACCAGAGCACAAUGGUUGCAGUGUUUGCAGAGCAGUAGUGGAUCAGAAGCUCAGAGCUUCUUUCUCUCUUUCUCAUAGCAUUUUCUUGAUCCGAGUACCCUUUUCAAAUUUAUUUCGCCCCCCAGAGUUUUUAAACCGAAAAAGACAACAGAGUGAGAGAAAGAUGGAAACUUUCUCAGUUUCCAAGCUCUUAGCUUUGUUCUUAAUGGCCUUGUUCAUGGCUCCUGAGCUUAUGGUUUGCACUGUCACUUACGAUAGAAAGGCCAUUCUCAUCAAUGGCCAAAGGAAAAUCCUCAUCUCCGGCUCCAUUCACUAUCCAAGAAGCACCCCAGACAUGUGGGAAGAUCUUAUACAGAAAGCUAAAGAUGGUGGUUUGGAUGUAAUUGACACCUAUGUGUUUUGGAAUGUCCAUGAACCUUCUCCAGGCAAUUACAAUUUUGAGGGGAGGUACGAUCUUGUACGGUUCAUAAAGACAGCUCAGAAAGUAGGGCUGUAUGUUCAUCUCCGCAUUGGACCUUAUGUCUGUGCCGAGUGGAAUUUUGGAGGAUUUCCUGUCUGGUUGAAGUAUGUUCCUGGUAUCAGCUUCAGAACAGAUAAUGGACCUUUCAAGGCGGCAAUGCAAGGAUUCACUCAGAAAAUUGUUCAGAUGAUGAAAGAUGAAAAGCUAUAUGAAACACAAGGUGGUCCAAUUAUCCUUUCUCAGAUUGAAAAUGAGUAUGGGAUCGAGAGCAAGCAGCUUGGAGCUUCUGGCCAAAACUAUGUUAAUUGGGCUGCAAAAAUGGCUGUUGGGUUGGAUACUGGAGUUCCAUGGGUGAUGUGCAAAGAAGACGAUGCCCCUGAUCCUGUGAUAAACGCAUGUAAUGGUUUCUACUGUGAUGCUUUCAUCCCCAACAAACCUUACAAACCUAAGCUUUGGACUGAGGCUUGGAGUGGCUGGUUUUCCGAGUUUGGUGAAGCCAACCCCCACCGACCUGUUGAAGAUUUGGCAUUUGCAGUUGCCCGCUUCAUACAAUCAGGUGGCUCGUAUAUUAACUACUAUAUGUACCAUGGAGGAACCAAUUUCGGACGCAGUGCUGGAGGCCCCUUCGUUGCAACCAGCUAUGACUAUGAUGCGCCAAUAGAUGAAUAUGGUUUGAUUAGGGAACCAAAAUACAGCCAUCUCAGGGAGCUUCAUAAGGCAAUAAAGCUAAGUCAACAAGCCUUAAUUUCCUCAGAUGCAACUAUUACUAAAUUAGGAACCUAUCAGCAGGCUCACAUAUAUUCGGGGUCAAGAACAUGUGCUGCUUUUCUUUCAAACUUCCAUCCCAGCUCACCUGCCAGAGUGAUGUUCAAUAACCUGCACUAUGAUUUGCCUCCUUGGUCCAUUAGUAUCCUACCAGAUUGCAAAAACGCAGUAUAUAACACUGCAAGGGUGGGAGCUCAAGUAUCACAAAUGCAAAUGUCUCCAACAAGUACUAAGUUGCUCGCAUGGGAAUCUUACGAUGAAGAUCUUUCUUCUUUGGAUGAGAGCUCAACAAUAACAACUGUUGGUCUCCUGGAGCAGAUAAAUCUCACUAGAGAUUCUAGUGACUAUUUGUGGUACAUAACCAGUGUUAGCAUUCCCUCAUCAGAAUCAUUUCUUAGAGGAGGACAAAAACCAAUCCUGACUGUUCAGUCUGCUGGAGAUGCUGUUCAUGUUUUCAUCAAUGGGAAAUAUUCAGGCUCAGCCUUUGGGAGUAGGGAGCAGAGACAAUUUACUUUUACGGGACCAGUCGAUCUCUAUGCUGGAACUAACAAAGUUUCACUUCUCAGCAUAACUGUUGGAUUACCGAAUAUUGGAUUGCACUAUGAGAACUGGAAAACAGGAGUUCAGGGUCCAGUUUUGUUGACUGGUCUUGACCAUGGAAAGAAAGACUUGACAUUUCAGAAAUGGUCUUACCAGGUUGGACUUAAAGGAGAGUCAUCGAACUUGGUCUCUCCAAGUGGAUCCAAAUCAGUUGACUGGGUCCAAGCAUCACUAGCAACCGGAAGCCAGCAGCCUUUGAGAUGGCACAAGGCAUAUUUUGAUGCACCUGGUGGAAAUGAGCCUUUGGCCUUAGACAUGCAGAGCAUGGGAAAGGGUCAAGUAUGGAUCAAUGGUGAAAGUAUUGGAAGAUACUGGAUGGCAUAUGCAAAAUCUGGCUGCAGCUCUUGUAGUUAUGCUGGGACAUACCGGUCCUCAAAGUGCCAAACCGAUUGCGGCGGACCAACCCAAAGAUGGUAUCAUGUUCCAAGAUCCUGGCUAAAGCCUACUGGAAAUCUAAUGGUGGUUUUUGAGGAGCUAGGUGGGGACGCAUCCAAAAUAUCUAUAGUAAAAAGAUCGUUGACAAGUAUCUGCGCCGAUGCAUUUGAAAACCAUCCUAGCAUUGAAAACUAUAGGAUUGAAAGUGAAGGUGGAUCAAGCAUGGAUCAUGCAGCUAAGAUUCGUCUCAAGUGUGAACCAGGGAAGACAAUAUCAAGCAUUAAAUUUGCUAGUUUUGGAACUCCUUUUGGAAGUUGUGGCAAUUUCCAGCAAGGAAAAUGCCAUUCACCUAACUCCCUUGACAUUCUCGAAAAGGCAUGCAAAGGUCGUGGGGAUUGCGCUGUUGCCAUUUCCAGCAGCAACUUUGGCACUGAUCCUUGUCCGGGCGUGCUCAAGCGUUUAACAGUAGAAGCUUUUUGUUCUGCUUAAGCCAUUAAAAGAAUAUAUUCAAAGAUGACAAGAACUGAGAAGGAGGUGAAGAACUUCCGAGAGUGUAUUCAUAUACAUGCAUUAUUUGAAAGGUAAAAUUAAUUAUGAGAAAUAAGAGGGUGAUCAACCUUUAUCAGAUGAUCAACUGCUCUGUUAGCAUUAUGUAUCUAUAUAUUUAUAUGUAUAGUCAAUAGGAAACAGGCGAUUCUUUUGCCUCAAAGCUUAAUACGGUGGCAAUUUUGGUCAUCAUUUUUUUUAUAUAAAAAAAAUGUCUAACUAUUUUGUAAAGAA